CCUGGGUAAACAAACCCAGCCUAUCCAGCCCCUCCUCAUAACUGAGACUUUCCAUCGCAGGCAACAGCCUGGUGAAUCUCCUCUGCGCCCUCUCCAGUUCAAUCUUGUCCUUCUGACAGUGUGGCAACCAGAGCUCUGCACGUCAAUGUUUUAGAGUAAAAGAGUCCUACAACAUGGAGACAGGCCCUUUGGCCUAGCUGAUCUCUGUUGACUAAAAUAUCAUCUGCGCUAAGCCCAUUUCCCUGGACUUGGCCCAUAUCCUUCUAAACCUUUGUGUUUGUCCAAAUGCCUUUUAAAUGUUGUUAAUGUACCUGCUUCAACCACUUCCACUGGCAGCUCAUUCCAUAUACAUACCACCCUCUGUAUAAAGAAAAAAUAAGUUGUCCCAGGUUCCCUUUUUAUUCUUUCCCCUCUCACUCCUUAAACUGAUGCCCUCUAGUCCUAGACUCCUGAGAAAAAGACUGAGUGCAUUCACCCUAUUAUGCCCCUCUUGAUUUUAUACACUUUUAUAAGGUCCCCUCCUCUCCUGUGACAAAACUUUCUUGUUCCUGUAUUCCAAGCCCUGGUUAAUGAAGAAAAGCAUCCCCUCUGCCUUCCUCACCCCACUGUUUUACCUGUACUUCAAGUUCGGGGAUCUCUGGACUUGGACACCAAGGUCCCUUUGUUCCUCAGCACUCUGUAGGGACCAACUAUUUAUUGCGUAUUUCCUUCCCUUAUUAAAUUUCCCAGAAUGCCUUGAGAUUAAAUUCCAUCACUCUGCCCUUUUUAACCAGCUGGUCGAUACCAGACUGUAGACCAUCCUCGUCACUAUUCAACACCACCACCUUUCCAGCAGUUACUCCUGAACAGAGGGUGGCAGCACUGUCUCCAGUUGAGGAGUGGGAAUGGGAUGGGGAGGAAACUUUGCAAGCUCCCUCUCCUUUAUUUUUUUUCCCCCAGUCAAUGCAGUUUGAGUUUGUUAAAAUAAGGAAAGAAACACAGGGUUUAAUUUUAACUUCACACUCACUGAAACUUCGUUCUCCCUCCAAUGUCUUGAGAAUAAAACACUUUUUAACCACCCGCCCCCACAAAUGGGAAAUACAGGGAGUUGUGGGACUGGUACCUGUUGCUAUUUUGUGACCUAUCCCAAGUGGAAUUUAUCCUCUGCACAAGCUUGGGUGAACAGCCUGUUUUUGUGCUUUGUGGGAGAUCAGGCUAGCGGCUUCUAAAUCCUUGUGUUAAGCCAUAAAGUAAAUUGUAGAUCAGCAAACAUAAUUCAACAGUAGUACUAGCAGCCGUGAUGAUCCUGUUGGGUCAACAGAGAGAGGGGGAGGAUGUCACAUCUCAAGAGCAGACAGAACAGUUGUCAUGCUUAUUCAUUAGUUGAAUUGGUUCAGAUGAGACCAGAUGCUGCUUUUAAUGGAUCAUAAUUAAACACUACAAAGGAACACCUUAAAUUCCAGGAAUGUUGAAAGGAUAAAUCAAACAGUAAACUUGAAGAGACAGGUUCUUCCGUUUCUACCCUUGGAUGACCCAAAUGAGAGAUUUUUAAUGAUAGCCGCAUAAUGAUCUUCCUGCUGGAUAUUUUUUUAGGGCAAACAGUUUCUGGUGGGAGGAAUCCUGUAUGCUGACCCUCUGCACCCCAGUCUUUCUCUUCCUCCCCACCCACUAUACCCCAGUCUUUCUCUACUCCCUACUCUGUCUCCCUAUCCAUUUUGUCUCUUUACAGACCUCCCACCGCAUCCUUACUCGUCCCUCAAGCUCUCUUUGAUCACUGUAUCAAGCCCUUCUAAGGAGAGAAAGAGAGAGAGAGAGAAUGGAUGGUCACGAUUCUACCUGGGAAAGUUUGUGGGGAUGGGGUGGGUGAGAUAUCGUUGAUCUUUAAACCUGAGAAUAGCUAAAAUGAUCUGUUCAGAAACAUCGUUAAAGUUCAAUUUUUUAAAGUAAGCUGCAGACAUCUUUCUGAAACUUGCAAUUAAAUGUGCUCGGGGCAGGCUGUGAGGGGUGAAUGGCCUAUUCCUAAUCUUGUGAAAUUAGUUUUGAAUAUGUAGAAAUAGUCAUAGAGUUGUAGAGCAUUGAAGCAAACCCUUCAGUCCACACUAACCUAAUAUCCUAAGUUAAUCUGGUGCCCCAUUUGCCAGCAUUAUGGCCCAUAUCUUUUUUUCAACCUUUCCUCUUCAUGAACCCAGUAAAAAGUGAGGUCUGCAGAUGCUGGAGAUCAGAGCUGAAAAUGUGUUGCUGGUUAAAGCACAGCAGGUCAGGCAGCAUCCAAGGAACAGGAAAUUCGAUGUUUUGGGCCAGAGCCCUUCAUCAGGAAUGAUUAUUCAUGAACCCAUCCAGAUUCCUUUUAAAUGUUGUAAUGGUAGCAGUCUACAACACUUAUUUUCGCAGUUCGUUCAACACACUCACCACCGUCUGCGUGAAAAAGUUAUCCUCAGAUCCCUUUUAAAUCUUUCUCCUCUCACCCUAAACCUAUGUCUUCUGUUUGUGAGUCCCCUACCCUGGGGAAAAGAUAUACCAAAGUUGAGCAGCCGGACUAAAUGCAAAAGGCAUAAAAUGUCGAGCCACAGCGUGGAGGAAAAAUUAUGGCUCCGGCCUUUUGGAUUCUCAUUAGCAUUUGGACACUGAGAAUAUGUCAGUAAACACAAGCAUCGCCACAGAAUACUGCGCAUGCUUUUCGGUGUCAGCAAGAACAGCGCAUGUUCGCCGGUGUCAGCAAACGAGUACGCAUGCUCUUCGCUGUCCGCUGGAACGGCCCGCGACCGUCUUUCGAUGAACCAAUGGAAAUCCCUGGAGGACCGGAAGGAGUCCUGCGAAUCACAGCCAUCCUAUUGUCUAAAUGCGGAAGUUGGACCAUGAGGUUCUGAAGCUGCUGCUGCUGCUGUUGUUCCCCUGUCUCUCUGAAUGAAGGUUGAGCUUCACCCCAGACUGCAACUUCCUUCCUCUGUCCAACAUCUGUGAGGUGCCGGAAGGCUGGAGGUUGGCUCACGUGGUGCCAGUAUUUUUUUUUUUUGCAGCAGAGAACGGCGGGUGCUGGGCGGAAGUGAAGUCAGAGCGCAAAGCCGGUCAGGAAGGACAGAUGUAAGUCACUCAGCAACUUUCCUGGCUUUCUAUUCUCAAGUAGGCUUGGCAUUUCAUUAUCAUGUCCUUGAUUCAGCUCCAUUUCCAGCACCUCUGUAGACGGUUUGUUCCAGGUCAUUAUCACCUAAAUGAAGUUUCCCUCCAUACACACUGAGGGCUAUGUGGCUGCAUGAGGGUUUUCAGGAGGACAUGCGGCGAGAAAUCUGAAAGCAAUUGAUACAUCGACCUCUGACAGAGCUCCUUGAUUCAUUGGGACCUGAAUAUCAGCAGCCAUUCAAGUCUGCUUGAGAGAUUUUGGACACUGGUGUGCCAGGAAGAAUAUUGAGAUACCUGAGUGAGAGAGAUUCAGUGCAGGAGAUUGUGUCACUCUGGGUUUGACACGAGGAAAGCUGUCCCCAUGCGGAAACCGUGGAAAUGCGGGGACUGUGGGAAAGGGUUCCCUUCCCCCUCGGUGCUGGAAAUGCAUAGACGCGUUCACACCAGGGAGACGCCAUUCACCUGCUCGGUGUGUGGGAAGGGCUUCAGUUGGCUGUGCAGCCUACAGACCCACCAGCGAGUUCACACCGGGGAGAGGCCGUUCGUCUGCUGCCGUUGCGGGAAAGCAUUCACUCAGUUGUCCCACCUGCAGACGCACCAGCGGAUUCACACCGGGGAGAAGCCGUUCUCCUGCUCUCAGUGUGGGCGGAGAUUUAUUGAUGCAUCCCACCUCCUGACACACCAGCGCACUCACACCGGGGAGAGGCCGUUCACCUGCUCCGAAUGCGGGAAGUCAUUUGUCGAUUCUUCUGGCCUGCUGAAACACCAGCGGAUCCACACCGGGGAGAGGCCGUUCACCUGCUCCGUGUGCGGGAAGGGGUUCAGUCAGCUGGGAAACCUGCAGACGCACAAGCGAGUCCACACGGGAGAGAAGCCGUUCGCGUGCCCUGUGUGUGGGAGGGAGUUCACUCAGUCGUCUACACUGCAAAUCCACCAGCGGGUCCACACCGGGGAGAGGCCGUUCACCUGCACCGUGUGCAGGAAGGGAUUUGUGAAUUCUUCCAGCCUGCUGAAACACCAGCGGGUCCACACCGGGGAGAGGCCGUUCACCUGCCCUGAGUGCGGGAAGGGCUUCAGUCAGAUUGGCAAUCUGCGGAAGCACGAGCGAGUCCACACGGGAGAGAGGCCGUUCACCUGCCCCGUGUGUGGGAAGGAGUUUGCUCAGUCAGCUGCGCUGCUGACCCACAAGCGGGUCCACACGGGGGAGAGGCCGUUCUCCUGCUCUCAGUGCGGCAAGGGCUUCGUGAAUUCUUCCAGCCUGAAGACCCACCAGCGGGUCCACACGGGGGAGAGGCCGUUCACCUGCCCCGAGUGCGGGAAGGCAUUCCGUCACGUGGGCACCUUGCAGACGCACCAGCGGAUCCACACGGGAGAGAGGCCGUUCACCUGCCCCGAGUGCGGGAAGGGGUUCGCUUGCUCGGGUAAGCUACUGAUCCACAAGCGGGUCCACACGGGGGAGAGGCCGUUCACCUGCCCCGAGUGCGGGAAGGGAUUCAUCGAUUCAUCCGGCCUGCUGACCCACCGGCGGGUCCACACCGGGGAGAGGCCGUUCACCUGCCCCGAGUGUGGGAAGGGCUUCACCCACUCCUCCCACCUUCGGAAGCACCAGCGGGUCCACACCGGGGAGAGGCCAUUCGCCUGCCCCGAGUGCGGGAAGAGGUUCACUGAUUCUUCCAGCCUGCAGAUCCAUCAGCGGGUCCACACCGGAGAGCGACCAUUCACCUGCUCCGUGUGUGGGAAGGGGUUCAGUCAGAUGAGCAACCUGCGGACACACCAGAGGGUGCACACCAGGGAGAGGUCGUUCACCUGCCCCAAAUGCGGGAAGGGAUUCAGUCAGGUGGGCCAUCUGCAGACGCACCAGCGGGUCCACACCGAGAGAAGCCCUUCACCUGUUCCGUGUGCAGGACGGGAUUCACUCAGUCCUCUACACUGCUGACCCACCAGCGGGUCCACACCGGGGAGAGGCCGCUCACCUGCUCUGUGGGCGGGAAGGGAUUCACCUGCUCCUCCCACCUGCGGAGGCACCAGUGAGUUCAUGUGCCAUCGCAGAGGGAUUGAAGUAGGGACAGCUGAGUGCCAUUUUCAACUGGACUAUCAACCCAGUUCUGGGAAGUCCCGGGUUCGAACCCCGCCACAGACAGAUGGCGGAAUUGGAAUUUGGUCAGAAAUCUGGAGUCCAGAAUUUAAUGAUUUAAAACAUUUUCAGGAUGAAAUCCCCAUUCUGAUUUACUCUUCUCCUUUUAGAGAAGGGAACCACGGUUGCUGGAAAGGAUUCACUCAGUCGUCCCAGCUGCUUUUUAACCCGGUCUGGCGUACACGUGACUCCAGGCCUGCAUGUGACUCCAGACCCACAGCAGUGUGGUUGACUCUUGACUGCCAUCCCUCUUCUCCCCAGCUAGUGAGUGGGGAGAAACACACUUGGAUACAGUAUGUAGGUUGAAAUAGCUGAGUGAGGCAAUACUUCCUCUGGGUUAAGGCUGUACCAAGGAUCCAAUUACAAAGGGACAACUCAGUGCUGACCAAGAAUAAAGAAAGUAGGGUGAGGGUCAGUGGUUGGGGGGAGUGGGUGUGCUUUGACCUUGAGAUGUUUAAAGGGGGAGAAAAAGCUACUUUUUGUCCACCUUUUUCCUGGGGAGAUCCGAAGCUGUAACAAAGUUCGGUCGCAAUAAAGGUUACCUGAACUUA